AUCAAAAGAUGAAUAAUAAAAAAGGUAGCAAGUUUGGAAAUAAAUAUAAAAGAAAAUGGCGGAUGGAGCUGCAGAGGUAUACACGAGUGCAUCUUCUUCACAAAAUCCUUUAUCAAGAAAGUUAAAAAAGAUACUAGAAACUCGCUUAGACAAUGAUAAGGAAUUGAUUGAUGCAUUAAAGGCUCUAUCAACAUUUUUUGGUGAAAACACCUUACGAGCAAGACGUAAUCUACGUGGUGAUGUUGAACGGAGAAGUCUUGAUAUAAGUGAAAAAUUUGAGACACAGUUCCGUGAUGUCAAAAAGAAAUUGGAUGAAAUUUCUGAUGAUGUUCAAGCAAUGAACAAAUGUUGUCAAGAAAUGACGAAGCGUCUGAAGAACUCAAAAGAGUCCACUUCUGAAUUGAUUGUAAAAACUACCAAGCUUCAAAAUGAAAGAAAACAACUUGAACUUCAGUCCACUCUGGCUGAAUCCUUUCUAGAAAAAUAUCAACUCAAACAACAUGAAGUAAAGGCUUUGAGAGUAUCGAAGGAUAGUAUUGUAAACGAAGAUUUUUUUAACGCAUUAACAAGAGCCAAGCAAAUACAUCAGGACUGUAAAAUGCUUCUUCGUUCAAAACAACAAACUGCAGGAUUGGAAAUUAUGGAGUCAAUGGCGCUUUAUCAAGAAACGGCUUAUGAAAAAUUAUACAGGUGGACACAAGAGGAAUGUCGUGGUAUGACUGGUGAUAUUCCUGACGUCAGUGGAGGUUUGUGUCGAGCGAUCGAAGCUUUACAAGACAGACAAGUGCUGUUGCGGUAUACAUUCGAUGAGCUGGCUACUGCACGAAGAACAGCAGUUGUGCGAUGCUUUAUUGAUGCCCUCACUCGUGGAGGUUCGGGUGGUACGCCAAGACCAAUCGAGUUAUAUUCUCACGAUCCAGUUAGAUACGUUGGUGAUAUUCUAGCCUGGUUGCAUCAAGCCGUUGCUGGAGAGAAAGAGUUGCUUCAUAGCUUAUUACGACGCACAAAAAUAGCAGAUCACAAACCUAUGAUUUUGGAAAUCCUCAAUCAUAUCAUGGAUGGUGUGUGCAGACCUUUUAAGGUUCGAGUGGAACAAGUGAUCACUUCCGAAGCAGAAGCUCCAACUUUGUUUCGUCUUGGAAAUAUACUCAAGUUUUACGAAGAUACUCUUCUCGCUAUUUUUGAAUCCGAAGAUGUUACCAUGUUAGCAAGUAUUGAAGAGAUGAGACACUUGAGUCAUCAAAUGUUUUUCAACAGUUUGUCGUGUUAUGGUAGUAAGCUGGCAGAGAAGGUAGAUAUACCGCCACCAGAUCUAAGUCCUUCGCAGACUGUUAAUACGACAAUGCAGUUGUUGAAAGAUGUUCUCUCAAGCCAUGACUCAGCUAUUACUCCUCUCAAAGAAAGACAACAGGAUUAUGGGAAGAUCUUCUCGUGUUUGUUAGACCCGUUGGUUCAAUGUUGUGUUCUCGCCGCUAGUCGUUUAAAUUCUGCUGACAUGGCGACGUACAUGGUGAACUGUUUGUAUCAGAUGCAAGUCACUUUAGCCGUGUACGAAUUCACUGACAUUAAGUUAGAAAUGUUGGCCAUUCAGAACGAUGCACACACCGAAACGUUGACGAACGAACAGGCAUCUUUUAUUCUCUCCAGAUCUGGUCUGGGAAAUAUAUACACGCCUUUAAAAGAAAAUGAAAAUAAAAAAAUAUCUCUUACUCAUGGUAUAGAUGAACAGUUGGUUAAAAUAGCCAUGACAAAGUUUGAUCAGUAUUUAUCACAUCCCGACAGUUUGAACAUGCCUCAGUUGGAACUUAUACGAAGUACACGCAUAAGGGAUACGAUUCGUAAGAAAGCCGUAGAUUUGAUAAAAAUGGCAUUUUCAGCCGUUUACGCUGUGAUUACGGACCCUAAAAGUAAAUAUGAAAAUGCUGAGCAUUUGAUUGGUCGAACGCCAGAACAAAUCAACCAAUUACUGAGCUAAUGUAAUUUCCGUAGAUCGUAUUUUGAUGCUAUGUCAAUUUAGACGGAUUUAUUUUUGAUACGAAAUAAACUCCAAUAUUUAUUUGCUA